UUCUGUUCCAAAUCAAGUGGUUGCGAGAUAUUAAUCCUUAUAAGUAGUACUCAAGAAGCUCAAUCAAACUCAAAGGCCCUGCUCACAUACAUAUAGCAAUAAUGGAUCUAUCCGACGUCUACGCUUUACGCAUAGCUGCUUUCGCAUACUAUCGCAAUGCCUCCCAGGACCUUCAGCAGCGAGCACAUGACUUCUUUAACGCGAUGGAUAUCAAUAGCGAUAAACAAGUCAGCUUGGAUGAGUAUGUCACGUUCUUCCGAGCAUGCGGUUACAACUGGAUAGACUGCAACAUGUUCAGGGUGUUGGACCUCGACAGGGACGGUCGCUUGGAUUUCUACGACGUCCUGGCGUUGUACUACUUCAUGAAAACACGUGUGGGGUGCCAAGAAUGCCGGGUGUGGCUAAGUAGGAUGUAUUUUACAUGCCUCGCAUGCUUUGACAGCGGUGGCAACCCCUACGACCUCUGUCCCGGCUGCUAUGCCCGCGAUGAAAUUAGGUUCCAGCACUGCCAUCCCUACAGCUUCAUAGAUAGCUAUGUCUUGCUACGGGCCAGAAGAUGCCAGAUGCCUGCUGCUCCUCCUCCAAAUAUGAGUCUGGCACUAGUUCCUCAACCUCCUCCUCAAAGUCAACCUGCAAGGUUUGAUUGGUGGAAUGUACUUCACUUACUUGAGGUGGCAGUAAGUGCUGCGAGUCUUUGCAGUAUCAUGUGAUAUUCAUAUAUGAGAUGUGCUAUAUACAAUCAUGCCAGGGAGUAACUGUCUCCUCAAUUCCAUUGAAUUGUUUAUUAUAUUUUGUAUAAAAAUUUAAAAAUAUUUUAAUUAUGA